AACGGAUGCAGAGUUAAUCAUAACCUCUGAGAGUCAGUUUAUAAAAUUGAAAUUUAGUUCAUCAGUGGGGAUAAAAAAAAAUUGUAUUCUUUCUCAUGUGAGAUAACAAUCAAAAUGAUCCGCAAACCGCCUUUGAGGACUUAUCAAAAGAAAAAAGGUGCACAAUCGUCAUUUAGUUAUUCACAUACAACAUCGCGAGAACCUCAUUUUUCCAGUAAGAGGACAUUGAAUAAAACAAGAAAAAGCAAGCAUGCUCUUAGUCUUGACGAUGUGGACAUCGAAGAACUCAGCUCAGCUUACUUUGAAACCACUUUUGAUAGAAUUGCCAAAAACGCAAGACUCCCAACGCCACCCGUUUCGUAUAAUUCAAUUGUAGACAUCAGCAGUGAUGUACCGCCGCAAGAGUCAUCAUUUGUGAGGAAAAAUGUGUACGAAUUGUCUCUGAAAGGUGAUCCUGCGGUGUCUGGAGCCGGUAAACGAGUCAAGCGUAAAUUGAUUCGAUCUCGCGCAGUGCAUCAAGAUACCGAAGUGAUUGUAAAAAAACGUCUGAAACAUGAUUUGAUUAAUGUAAGCACAAAAAAGUCCAAAACGGUAAGAAAUGCCAAAAGAAAAGUAUCUGCACAGUCUCGUAUCAACGCAUCGAAUGCUAAAGCAAAACUUGCAGUUCAAACAAAUGACUCAACUUUGAAUAACUCUGAAAAUUGGUUUGUACCGCAACCAAAGACACGUAAUCGGACAGCAAGAAACAAACAAAACCAAAAAAACAGUUAUCUGUUGAGAAUGAAGGGUACUAUCACGCCAAUCUCAGACUUAUCUUUAACCGAAAAUAAUAUCAGUCAAAGUUACAAUGCCAAGCUUAACAAGGUGAAAAAUAAACCUAAAAAAAAAAUAUCGAACAGGAUUAAUGCUGAUCGAAGAAAUUUGAAGGUCCUUAAUUACGAUGACACAUUACCAAAUGAUCAAAAAGACUUCCCUGAAUUUGAAAUAAGUGACAAUAGAGUUAAAGACGAUGGCGUUGGAAAACUGCAAGGCAUAGACGAGAAUAAGGAAAAUCUUUUAACCAGUACCGUUUCAUAUGAGAUGCAAGAUAAGGCUGCAGUUAAAAAUUCAUUGAAAUCAGUACAAGUUGAGAACUUUCAACGACAUUCAACAUCACAAUCAAGUGAAAGUGACUCUACAGAUUCUAAUAAGUACCGUAGAAUUUUAAACCGCAAAGCAGCCAAAAAGAAAAUCCAAACCCAUUUAAUACAAAAAAGUGGGACUCCAGAAUAUACAAACGCAGUGGAUAAUUCUAAUAACAUUUCGAAUAUCAGUCGCCAACCUUGCAGUUCGACAAUAUCUGAGUAUCAUGUUAGAAUGAAGAAAGAUUUUGUCUCCAAACCUCGUUCCUAUGAACUCCUCAACUGUUCAGCAAAAGAGGGUCUUGUGUUGCAUGAAAAUAAAUUUUCCGCAGCAUCAGAAGCUUGUAAUACACUUGCAUCUGAGGAUCUGUUUCAAACAAGCAUUUCAAACACUGCGUCAAACAUUGAACCACAGUCUGACGGUAUCAAACCUUGUACAAUAGAAAUUACUGAUUGUGAAAACAAAAAACUUGUGAAUACGUUAAAGCAAUGCGAUACAAAGCAUUCGUUAUACUAUCUGAAGUGCAGCACACCUAUAAGUGCAUAUGUAACAAUUGACAGAUCAAUGAAUCGUCUUUCGCCUAUUACUCUCGGCAGUGAUAUGGGGCAGAGGAUUGAAAAAUUCCCAAGACAACAAUACACCAACGAACUUUCAGUUAUGAAUUCUAAUCGUACGCAUAGUAAAAUUGUUGAACAAGAUUUAGGAGUACAAAGAGUAAAUGCACGCAGUGGAAAUGUAAGAAGAAAACUCAAUGUUUCAUAUAAAGAAGAUGAUUUGUUGAAACCAGACAAUCAGUAUUGGGAACAAAAUGAUGUCCGAAAAAAACUUGUUAAAAAUUCUGUAAGCAAUGAAGAUUCUUCGCACGGUGCAAAAUCAGCACAAGUACUUUCUCCGACUUCUCGAGUUCAAGAAUCUCUGGAGAUUCUGAAAUUGGAUUCUGAAAAUUCGAAUCCUAAACUUGACGAAGAUCAUAUAAAUAAUCGUACUCAUAGUACUGGAUCUGGUAUGAUCUCUGAAAAUACAAAUAAAUAUGAAAACACAAGUGAAUUUACAGGGAAAUCGAAGGAUACCCAUGCGCACCUGACACCCAUUGGCAUCAUAACUACCCGCAGCGGAAGACAGCUCAAACUGAGUAUGACUAUGAAAAAGAAGUUUUUUAAUGACUCUAACGACCCCAAAAUCCAUUCUAAUCCAGGUUCAGAUUUAUACCCAGAAUAUGAAAUUAUAGAUAAUUCUGAAAAUCCGGAAAAUUGUGUACCAAAAAUUGAAAUGGUAACAGAUCGUGCUAUCAAAUGUUCAGAAUUACAAUCUCCAUCAAAACCUAGUACUAUUUGUAGUGUAGACGGUCUCAUUUCCCAAGAUCUGCCUAACGCACUUAGAAAUGUUUCUGCAAAAAUAUCUGUUGUAAAUAUGUCAAAUAAUCUAGCCCCAAGUAACUCCAAACAUAACAAAUCAGUUGAUAUUCGUGAUUCCAGUAAUUGUAAAGUCAUACCUGAGAUUGAAAGUAGCGAAUUUUCAUUGCAAAAUUGUGAAAAUCAAUCCAGAAUUGCUGAAGGCAAGAGAAAUAAUACAAGUGUAUAUGAUGAAACGGGUUCAAGUAACAUAACUACUGCAUUAUCGAAUCGAGAGAUUUCGCAAAGCAUUGUAAAUUCUACUAAAAAUUUUAAUUCUUUGAGCAUAAGGUCAAACAAUGAUAGUGAAUCUGAAUCGUUGGUAAGUUUCAAAAAACAUACUAGCGUUAGUGAUAUGGUUUGGAGUACUAUAACAGAUGGUGACAAUAGUAAGCAUACAACAAGCAAUACAAAUGAAAAUACAGGGAAUAUUUCAAUGUCCGACUCCCAGGAGUCAUCUAUUAGCGAUGAUGACAGUAGCGCAGAAUGGAGUACUAUAUCGAAUAGUGAACAUGAACCACACAAAGAAAGUACAUUGAGUAACGAAUUAUCAAAUUCUCUUGAACAUGUGACAAGUUCAAAUGAAACCCGACUUGAUGAAGGUGUGUCAACUGAGGAUACAAACGAGGCAUCAAAAUCUACAGAAAAUCCAUCUUUGAAUCUGACCGAUAUCGAUCUGAGCGAAAGAUUGAAUUUAUUAUCUAGUAGAAUUAACAUGCGCCAACGCCGUAAACGUUUGUUAAAACUUGAAGUAGAAAACAUGCCACAAGUUGAUGAAGAACCAGCUGCAGUUCCGACUACCGAUGACACAAAAUUAAUUGAGUCAUUUGGUAUGGUCUCAAUAAAUGCAUCUGAUUCGAGAGAGAAUUACAAGACUAAAGAAGGGGUGCAAUCUCCUUAUGAAGCCAGACCAACUGACUUGUUUGUCAAACCAAUGGAUGUAAAUUUGAAAAUAAACUGGCAGCCAUUGGUACUAAUUGAAAAAUUAAAGGAACCUAUAAAGGUUGCUUCUAGCAAAAAGCAAAGUUGGGGCUCAGGGCUUUCUGCGAUUCGCGAGACGGAUGAAACGUUAUUGAUGAAUGUAUCUAAUUUGAUAGAGGAUCACAAGACUGAGGCAGAAGCACAAUCUCCUGAUGAAGCCAAAACAACUGACUUGUUCAAAAAACCAAUAAAUAUAAAUCUGAAAAAAAACUUGCAGCCAUUAGUAUUGAUUGAAAAGUUAAAAGAACCUAUAAAAGUUGCUGCUAGCAAAAAACAAAGUUGCAGCUUAGAACUUUCUGUGGUUCGUGAGAUGGAUGAAAUGUUUCAAGCACGUACAAGGGAUUCUAAUGAAUCCAAUCACAUGAAAAUGGAAGAUGCAAGAAGUACCUGCAAUAAAAACGAGAAUUUAAAUUCUCGAGCUCAAAACUCUAAAAGAAGUAACUUCACAUUCAAUCCAAAUGCUACUCGUAUAUCAGACUCUGAUUGUGUUAAUGCCAAAAUGGAUGUGACUGAACCAGGAAUAAUUGGUAGACAGUCGGUGUUUUUAAAGCCAGGAAAGGAAUGGACUCGCUCUUUGUCCAUACUCAAUAGUAUCCAAGAUAAAUCAGACUUAGACAUACUGAGUACUGGAAAAGGAAAAAAAUGGCGAAAUAGCGUGCAGGCAAUUCUCGAUAUGCAACAACAGAGACUGAUUCAAAGUUGUCUGGGAAAAAAUGAGGAUGACAAAGAAACGGAGCAGCGCUCAAAGGCGCUCGAUUGCACUUCCAUAUCGGAUAGAACAACAUGUACAGAAGUACAAAGUAUUGGAUCUGCUAGUCCGAGCAGAUUCAUUCGGCGAAUGUCAAUCCGUGUAGUCCCUGAAAAUAAGAAGCUGAGUCAUAUUGAAGAUACAUCCUUUCUUGAAGCUUAUGGCAUAUCCGCUAGUAAAAGUAGAAAAACACUGUCUCAAAGAUCAAAUUUCAAUCCUGAUAGAAAGACUCUAGUUGCUAAUGUGCAGUGCGAAGCUGUGGAAAUCGAAACAAUUGAAAAUGAAAAUCUCAGAACCGCAAGAGAUGUCGUUUUACAAAGAUGCUGUCAAAAGGAUUAUUUGCCUUUCACUGAAUCUUUCCCUGAAGAGUACAUGAAGAGAUGUCGAAAAAUUGGCGAAGGUGUCUACGGAGAAGUAUUUCUUUACGACCAUAACAAAAGAAAAUCUGUCAUAAAAAUAAUUCCAAUCGAAGGGAACGCACUUGUAAAUGGUGAACGACAGAAGAAAUUUGAUGAAAUCUUAUCAGAAAUAGUAAUUGCAAAGGAACUGCACAAUCUACGAAACGGCGAGACCUAUCAAACUGAUGGAUUUGUGGAGGUAAAAAAUAUAAGAUGUAUCAUUGGAAAGUACCCUGAGAAGUUAAUCGAAUUGUGGAAAGCGUACGACGAUGACAAAGGAUCAGAUAAUGAUUGUCCUUCGAUGUUUGAUGAAAAUCAAUUGUAUAUAGUAUUAGAGCUUGGGCAUGGUGGUCAGGACCUGGAAGCUUUCGUAUUUCAAUCAGCUGUCGAAUCCCACGCAUUAUUUGUACAGACAGCAUUGGCAUUGGCAGUUGCUGAACAAUCUCUGGAAUUUGAACACAGAGAUCUACAUUGGGGUAAUAUUUUGAUAUCGCAUACCAAAGACUCACGAGUCGCCUACAAACUCAAUGACAAAGUUUAUACAUACCCCACCAGAGGAAUGCAGGUCGCAAUCAUAGAUUUCACACUGUCGAGAAUGUCUUACGAAGGCUGUUGUAUAUUCAAUGAUUUAGCUUUGGAUCCUGCCCUAUUUACAGCCCAGGGAGAAUACCAGUUUGAAAUAUAUAGAAUGAUGCAAGACAAGAUUGGAAAUGAUUGGCAAAAGUUUGAACCGUACACAAAUAUUUUAUGGCUACAUUAUGUUCUUGAUAAAAUGAUCACGGCAUUGAGAUACAAACGACAGUCGACCAAAGUGCAUAAGGAGGCAAUUUCCCGGCUACAAGAACUGAAAGAUAUCGUUUUAGAUUAUGAAAGUGCGUUUGACUUUGUGACUAAUUGUGAGAAAAUAACGAACCUGCAGUGCAAAAGGGCGACUUUGACAACCGUCAAAUCGUCUCAGGUGCAAUCCGAUCAAUUUGACCCAGAAAAAUAACACUACCUUACAUACUAUCUAAGUUUUAUAAAAUUUAUGUAUUUAAAAAAUAGUAGGCAAAAUAUUCUCAAAAUAUGUAAAAAAAUAAAUUUUAAUAAAUUUGGU